AUGCUGAGGAAGGCUCUACACGCAAUAAUUCUCAUAGCCUUUCAAAGAGAGACAAGUGGCGAAGUAUCUCCAAACCAAAAAUCUUCCGUAUUCUCUCGUUCAGUCUACUUCAUGACAAUGAAUAAUAACCGACUUCAUGGCUACGUUGUUGAACGUUUUCAGUCCGCUAGCUUGUUAUUAUGCAACCAAAAGUGCUUAAGGAGAGAAUGGUGUACUUCUACGAAUUUCAAAGCGCCUGAACAAAGUGGAAAAACCGGAACCUGUGGACUGAACAAGCACAGUUAUUCUUCCGUUUUCGAAAGCGCGAGUUUACGCGAAGAGGAUGGAGUUACUUUCUCCCUACUCGUAAAGGUAACAGUCUUCAAGAAAACUAUUUUCGAUGAUAGAAAAAAAUUAGAUAUUACAAACAAACGUUUAGGGAUUUUUGCAAAGAGUAAGUUACUUCGCAAGCUGGGUUUCAAAACAGAUAUGUUCGACACGAUGUAGCAGCAAAAAUGAUUAAUUCAUUGCUUUAAGAGAAUUCUUAGGGAGAACAGGCAAGGCGAACUAUAUCUGAACCAUAAACAUUUAGGGCAGUUCACGCAAAGCUGAAAUUGCUGAUGCUGUGAGCUAUAGAAACGACAAUCACCCGCAGAGGGUAAUUACUUUUUUUUAUUAAUUGGCCUGGUAGGCUUUUGCCAACUAAUUAUACAUGACUGCUUAAUUUCGGUUCGUCUCAAACGAAGCUCAAAACGUCCGCUUAAGGAAAUAGCUCUUUCUUUACCAAAAAAAUGCAUAUUGUGAUAAAUUCAUUCAAACCUAACUCGUGCAAAUCACUCUGGGAAUUACUGAAUUUAAUUGAAGGGAGAAAAGCGUCUAUUUUGAUUCCAAGCCACCACUUUCUUCUUUUUCUAUUUUUUGACUUUUCGCUCCAGGCUUGCUGCUUUGCUGCAUUCAAAAAUGUCUAAUUCAAUCCUUUAUCUCCUGUUCCUCAUCUUCCAGAAUCGAUUUGAUAAUUAUUACCGUAAACUUCCACCCUCUAUUAAUAUGCCUUGGCUUCUAUCAUUACCAAAUAUUUUUUUUACCACAUAGGUUUAUGUAAAAUUCAUAUGUCAUGGAAAUAAAAUAUUGAUAUUCCUUGUUUCAACAAAAGUGUUAAUUAUAUAGAGAUAUAGAAUUAUUGGCAAGACACAUCAUCCCUUUAAUCAUCUUCGGCAAAAUUUUUACUUUUCUGGCUUCUCCUUUGAUGAAAAUAACCAACGUUACUUUCUUUAAAAGAUAAUAUUUCCUGUGUUUAGCAAUAAGAAGGCGGGAAUAUUGACAGCAGUAGAAAUUUGCAUGAUAAACAAUUUAAUUUGUAGCCUAUUUUUAUAAGUCUAUUGGCUGACAGCUGGCCUUAGCGUUCAGAGUCCCAAAGAAUAGUUGUCCGCUCCAUUCCUAAGGGUAACCGAUAUAUGAUUUCGAAUCACAAUAACAACACGCUAUCAGGCAAACGGGUAAUGAGAAUAAAGACAUACAUCAACUAAGAAAUAUUGUUUGAGUCAAGAACUAAUAUUAUAGGACCUGUAUAAUGAGCCUUAAGGAGAUUUGAAAUUUUAAUCGAUCCUAGGGAUAGAGGAUAACACAUUCGACAGAAAACUGAUGCUGAAAAACGAAAGAAUUUGUCAUUAGUUCUGAAGGAAAUAUUCGUUUGAUUUCCGCCUAAAUUUCUGAACUAAUCAAUGUGUCAGGGAACUUUCAAAAUUGCUCUCAAGUGUUGAUACAUUAUACGCUUUUUUCUUAGUUGAAGUAUCUCGCUUUUUGAAAAAGCAACUUGUAGGUUCUGCAUUUCUCUUGGCAUUAUUAAAGUUGUUGAUUGCCAUGACUGCGAAAGCAUUAAAAGAGCUUUUUAGUUAUGAUAAAAAAAAAUCUUAGACAUUUUGAUAACCGUAGACUUGUACAAGUGCAUGGAUUUUAUAUUGAGUACUUGUAAAGUAAUAAUAUAUUAUAAAACUAAAUCAAUCGAUAAAGUUACAGAUAUAUAUUCCUGAUAAAUUUAUUUAUUUACUUAUUUAUUUUAUUUAAAAAAUUCGCCCUGAGACAGGUGAGCAUACAAUAGAACCCUAAAUCCCCUGCUGGGUAAACCCACCACCUAACCAUCAUGUCGUUUUGGAAACGACACCUCUUUACAGUUUUUCAGUGAAACUUCCAGAGCGACCUAUCUUUUGAAAUGAAGAGACCAUGGUCUCCCAAAAUCUCUAAAGUCGAUUACAAAAUUUAAAAAGAGAAAUCAAUUGAACAUAGGAUGUUCUUUAGUGAAUGACACAGGCGUACUUGGAAAAGAAACAAACUCUUGUAGGACUCGCACUUACGACCUUUCAAACAGUUUUCGAACCCUCUACCACUGAGUUGUAGGAGAUUCGUGAUAGGCUGAGUUGUUGAACUAGAUUCAUGAUGACAAACCUCGUGCAUGCAGCCAAGAUAAAAAUGUCGUUGUGUGAUGCUUUUGUGCGAUGAUGAUGUGAAUGAGGAUGGUAAAUGUUCACUGCCUGAAACUGAUUUAAGUGAAAGACGGUGUUAUUCAGUGUCUUUGUUAUUUCAUUAUAAAUUGCAACUUCGCCAAAUUAAUUCUGAUAGUAACCUUUUUUAUGUUACAGAAAUACACGUGUAUGUAAUCCUUUUAAUCCUUUCUCCUUGUCGUUAUUUAUACUUAUAGUUUCCAUGCCAUAGCAAGCCAUGUCUGAACAAUGGGAUCUGUGUUCAAGAUGGUGCAGGGCUUUCUUUCCAUUGUGUUUGCAAGGCGGGAUUUGCUGGAACACGCUGCCAAGGUGCUGACUUAUUAGACAAAAUAAGAAAAUUGUUUUCAACGAACACUUCUUCUACAUGUACUCCGAGGUCACCUGUAUACUAAUUCAUAGUCUAAAUGGUUAGAUAUGCACUCCUUAGAGAAAAACCACUACCAAGUGACUCCAUCUCUGAUGUAAGCCUUCAAGUUUAGUGGUCAAACCUUUCAUCUUAUUUUUAGAAACAGGGUCUGAAGAAUUAUUGCUAUGCCUUUGCAAAACCUCCAGAGUAAUGACUAGUUAUAGUUAAAGCAGACGCUUUGUAUAUCACACGCUUUCCUGCAUUUUGAAAUCAUUUCUAAUAGUGGCGUAAAGUGUGGACGAGGGGAAAGUCCAUGAAACAAACAUGAGGUGUGUAAAGGCUUAUGGUCAGAUUAUGAUGUACCACGAUUUGUUAUUGGCAGAUUCACCAUAAUCGACAGCAGAAAAAUGUUUCAACGAGAACUCCCAUGUCCCUGCCAUUCUGUUAUACAAUGAAACCUUGUCGAGGAGUAAUGGACGUUUACCGUUGGGAUUAAAAUCACAAGAUGAGCUUCCACCAAAACAUUUCAGCAACUCGCGAGGAACAUGUAUAAUUAUAAAAUAAUUCAAAUAGUACGCGCGCUCUGAUUGGCCAUAAAACCAUUUUACAUGAGCGUAUGUAAACACAGUUUUCGUUCCUCUUUCAUUAUUUAUUUUAUAAAAGAAAUGUAAAAUGGUUUCCGUGUUUACAUAGCCUGAUUUAAACACGGAAACCAUUUUACAUUUCUUCAUUUAUAUCUCGCGAGACGGAAGAUUUCGAGCCGAAAAUUAUAGAGGAAAUGUCUUGUUGCAUAAUUUUUAUCAGGUUUAAAUUGAUAUCCAGUAUCUUAUUCUCUCAGGAAUGGCCUUUGUUCAAAACAUGUCGAAAGAUUAGCGCGGAACGAAUUGCGUCAUAGCAUUUUUACAUUACCUAAGCUUUAUCAGUCAAUCAUUUUCUCUUUUUUGAAAAAAAAAAAAAAACGGUUUUAACUGCUUUCGUUUCUCAAUCUCUCUUUUUUAAAGCUUGUAAGUUCGAUUUCGAAGAUGGAAAAGAUGGCUGGGAAAAGACUGGUACAACAUUCAAUAACCAGCCGACCUACGGUGACAACCCUACAGCUCGGAAGCGAGAACCUGCCAAACAGCAAGGGGAUUGGUGGAUUGGAGGAUACGAGGACAGACCUUCUGAAGCUGCAACCCCUGGGCGUAUUCAAGGGGACGGGCCACGUGGCACCCUUACUUCUCCGUUUUUUAAAAUCAUUGGCGCCAACAUUACCUUUCUGAUUGGUGGGGGUUGCAGAAUGGACUUUAUAAGAGCAGAAUUAGUCAUUAAUGAUCAGGUGGAGUAG